GGAAUAAGGCGUUGAGUCAAAAGUCAAACAAAAAUUCAAUAGCAGCUUAGGAAAAUGUGUUUUGUUUGAAUCAUUCAGUAUCUUUCUGAAUGAAACUUUCCUUUUUUAGUGACCAAGAAGCACGAGUACCUUAAAAGUACUUGCUCCCACCCAUCUCUAGGUCAUUUCGGAUACACAACUCGGGCGAGCUGUGACGAUUGUGGUCGUGCGGCUGGAGAGGUCGAGGGUGCGGUGUUCCCGUGUAUUGUGCUUGGGGAAUCUUAUCACAUUUUGUGAAUAAUGCGUGUUUGAAUCUGAAAGUCUCUCCUAUCAGCUGCAUCCGGUUCUGCGACAUUUUUGAACCGUCAACAGAAGGAGUUGCUCAAGCUUCGUGAAUAACUGGGCAUAAGAAAGGUCGAGAUGGCGGACGGAUUCAGAGUGGACGGGUUCCGCGUGGACGGCUCGUGGAUGCUCUCCGUGUUCGUCACGGACCUCCAGGUCGAGAAGCGGAUCCGCGUCAAGGGCGACAUGCACGUCGGAGGCGUUAUGUUCAAGCUCGUGGAGGAUCUCCAGGGCCAUGACUGGUCGGACCACGCGCUGUUCUGGCCCGACCGGAACCAGUGGCUGCUGCGCACAAAGUCCACGCUGGACCAAUACAGCGUGGAUGCCGAGGCCACGCUUACAUUCACCCCCAUGCACAAAACGCUGCGCGUGCAGUUGCCCGACCUGCGCCACCUUGACUGCCGCGUUGACUUUAGCGCCAAGUGCUUCAACGCCGUCAUCGAUGUCUGCAAAGAGCUCGGAAUCCGCCACCCUGAGGAGCUGUCGUUCGCCAAGCCGCUGGAGGCGCAGCACCUCAAAUACAACUACCAGUCGCACGCGGCGGUCAAGUCUCAGCGCGGGGACAGUCUGCCGGCCGACACCAACACGUUCAUCUCCAAGAACGGCUCGGCACACAGCAGCAACAACAGCCUGGACGGUCCGGGCACUCCGCGGCGGCUGCACUCGUCCGGAGGGCACCUGAACACGCGGCCACUGCCCUCGCCAACAGCCGUGCCGAGCCCGCCCUGGGACCACAGCCUGCCCUCGACACCACGGUCGCCGUUCGCGCCCACCGGAAGCGGCACAUGGCGCUCGAACGCCUCCCACUCUCCGUACAGCACCAUGAACAGCACGCUGGGCGGACCGGGUUCUCCGGCACACAACGUCACCAUGAGCAGCCUGGACAGCCUCGACUCGGGCCUGACACACAGCCCCAUCGUGCCGGCCGUGCAGGCGCGCCGCCUCAUGGUGCACCCGCACUCGCUGCUCGAGAGGGCGCGCAUGAACGUCGCAUGGCUGGACUCGUCGCUGUCCAUCAUGGAGCAGGGUAUCCGCGAGUUCGACACACUGCUGCUGCGCUUCAAGUUUUACAGCUUCUACGACCUGGACCCCAAGUAUGACGCGGUGCGCAUUAACAUGCUAUAUGAGCAGGCCAAGUGGCAGAUCCUGAACGAGGAGAUCGACUGCACAGAGGAGGAGAUGCUGCUCUUCGCCGGGCUCCAGCUCCAGGUGAACCUCCAGAGCAGUCAGCCGCAGCCGGAGCUGAACGACUCGUCCAUGGGCGCUGACGACAUCGACUCAGCGCUCAACGACCUGCAGGUGAAGCUGGAGGGGUCGCACGUCAACGGCAACGGCGACAUCACCCAGAUCCCCGAGCUCUCCGACUACCUGCGCUUCUUCAGGCCCAAGAAGUUCACGCUGAAGGGCUAUAAGCGGUACUGGUUCGUAUGUAAGGAUCUGAUGCUGUACCUGUACAAGGCCCGCGACGACGUUGGGCAGGAGCCGGCCUUCAGGGUGAACCUGAAGGGCUGCGAGGUCACCCCGGACGUGGUCCUCGCCAGCAGCAAGUUCGGCAUCAAGCUGGAGGUGCCGUCCCCAGAGGGCAUGUCCGACAUGAUCAUCAGAUGCGACUCGGAGCAGCAGUACGCUCGCUGGAUGGCCGCCUGCCGGCUCGGAGCCAAGGGCAAGACCAUGGCGGACGCCUCGUACGACCAGGAGGUGCGCAGCAUCCUCGACUUCCUGGCGAUGCAGCGGCCGGCGCCGGCGCCCGCCAUCAACCCGCAGAGCCUGGAGAUCAGUCCCGAGGACUACGUGCCACCGCGCUUCAUCAAAAAACUGAAGAGCAAGGGAGGCUCGUGUCAGGGCUGCAGGCGACAGGAGUCGCUGCACCAGCGGAUUCUGGAGGCACACGCCAACGUGGUUAACUGCAACCUGAUCGAGUCCAAGAUGAACUACAUCAAGUCGUGGAAGGCGCUGCCAGAGUUCGGCAUCACCUACUUCGUGGUGAAGUUCCUCAAGGCCAAGCGGGAGGAGCUGCUCGGCAUCGCCUUCAACCGGCUGAUGCGGAUGGACCUGAACGGCGGACACCUCAAGACCUGGCGCUACAACACCAUGAAGGCGUGGAACGUCAACUGGGAGGUGCGGCACAUGAUGGUGCAGUUCGACGAGGAGAGCGUCGUCUUCGAGUGCCUCUCCUCCGACUGCAAGGUGGUGCACGAGUUCAUCGGCGGCUACAUCUUCCUGCAGGUGCGCUCCAAGGACUCGAGCCAGACGCUCGACCACGAGCUCUUCCACAAGCUCACCGGCGGGUGGCGGUAGGCGAGCCGGCGCCCACCGCCCUUCUUUGAGCUGAACUGGGCGUUUGUCGCUUCGCGAGCGAGCGCCGCACCGCGCCGCGCGCAGUGGCAUGCGCCGCUGGGCGCACAAUCUAUGUUUAAUGUCGUUAUUGCACGCGGCUGCCCCGCCGCGCAGUGCGUUGUUGAAAUUUUAAUCUAUACUAUUACUGGUGCGCGCGUUCGAGCAGAGCCGAACGCGGUGGUAUUUGACGCGGGGUGCGACUGAACCGGUGGUGCUGAAACUGUGUGAUUUUUUGACGCCGUGUGACUGAUAUAAUUCGUGUUACGUGCUGGUUGAAUGAGGUGUGUGUGAGUGAGACUGUGCUUCCCUGAGUGGCGGCGCGACCGCCGCGCCGCGACCGAGUGCCUUGUAGCGUGGCGGCAGAGGCCGCAGUGACUGUGCGGAGCCGUGGUGCCGGAGUGUAGCUAACGGGCUAGUCAGACGGACUGAGGGACGAACUCUGCCGGGUCUGAUCGUGUAGCUGUGCCACGCUCUCCAAAGCACAGCGACAGUCUCAAAGGGACCGGUGUCACCCCGACCGGCUUACUGAGGGUUAGGUGAGCCACGCAGUCGCUUCCUCGCGAACACUCGCGCGGUGCCGUGGCCGCCGAGAGGCCGCCAGUGGCGCCGGGCCGCCGGGAGUGCACCGCGCAGCCGGGUCACCCCGCGAGCUAGAGCCGGCCACUGCGUGUCACAGCAGCAUCUAACCGACCUAAUCACCGUAUCUGCCUGUCUAAUGCCUACGCGCCGGCCCCGUCCUGCCGGUGUGACGUGCUGCCGCCGCCGCCUCUGUAUGACGCUGGGAGGGGUAGCAGUGACCGGACUGACGGAGCCCUCCGCGGCCGCCGACAGCGCCGCCUGCCGUUCCGCCUUCGUCUCGUGCCCCUCGCCAGCAACUAACCGCAUAGGCUGCGCUAUUUUUGUAGAUCUUUGACCCGGCAACGAAUGCAAGUACAACUGGCAACAAGCGGAGCGGGGAGUCCGCUCUGAAGUGCGUGCCGGCCGCCGGCGGGUCGCCCUCAUGUGCUGGCCGCCCUGCAGCGAGUCGGUCGGACUGGCGCAAACUGUGCACUGGCGCUUGUAGCCACUUCGGCGUAAAAUGUAAAUAAACUAGUCUUAACAA